GACACCUUAAGAAGCACCAUUCAGAACUGUUCUCUCCUCCUUUACCGGCACACAAGCUGAGCUCCAUCCAGAAAGUAGGAUUUGGAACAUGCAACAAAAUAUUCAUAGAGUUCGAGUCACCAUGGUGGGAUGCUGACUGUGAGAUCAUCUACCUGGUGUGGGAAGAUGAGGAAGAAAUUUUGGACCAGGUGUCAAACAAGGCCUGGAUAAGGAAGAUGUCAGCGUUCACUGUGGUGCAAUCCUCUGAAAGGUGUAGGCAUGUUCUCUGUGGCUGGAUUUCAGGGCACGAGGCAGAGUAUAUGGAGACUCUGUCUGAGCAGGAGAUCAGGCUUUCAGUCACAGAGCUCAUCCGUACAUUCACAGGUGAGUCUCAACGUGUGGCUGCCUCCUAAUUACUAGUGUGGAUGAC